AUGAUGGCUUCUCUUGCCUUCUCUAGUCUUCCCACCUCCACCAAUACCACAAAACCCUUAUUUCCCAAAACAUCCUCGCAUGUUAAGCCAUUCCAUCGCUUCAAAGUUUCAUGCAAUGCACCCGAUGAUAACAAUGACAAUACCUUCAAUAAUUCUGAUACCCGAAAGCUCAUACUACCCAAAACACCACUUGAAACGCAGAACGUCGACAGGAGAAACUUGCUUCUGGGACUCGGAGGUCUCUACGGCGCUGCCAAUUUGACCACCAUUCCAUCAGCCUUUGGCAUUCCCAUCGCCGCUCCGGACAAUAUUUCAGAUUGUGUUGCUGCGACGUCAAACCUUAGGAACACCAAAGACGCUAUAAGGGGAUUAGCGUGUUGCCCUCCGGUGCUUUCAACAAACAAACCAAUGGAUUACGUCCUUCCUUCAAACCCUGUGCUUCGUGUUCGACCAGCUGCACAUAAAGCCACUGCCGAUUACGUUGCUAAGUAUCAACAAGCAAUUCAAGCCAUGAAGGAUCUCCCCGAGGACCACCCACAUAGCUGGAAGCAACAAGGCAAGAUUCACUGUGCUUAUUGCAACGGUGGUUACAACCAAGAACAAAGUGGUUACCCGAAUUUACAACUUCAGAUUCACAACUCGUGGCUCUUCUUUCCUUUCCACCGGUGGUACCUCUAUUUCUACGAGAAGAUAUUGGGGAAGUUGAUUAAUGAUCCAACCUUCGCUCUACCAUACUGGAACUGGGAUAACCCUAAUGGAAUGGUUAUUCCUGCCAUGUUCGAACAGAACAGCAAAACUAACUCUCUGUUUGACCCUUUAAGGGAUGCGAGACACCUCCCACCUUCUAUCUUUGAUAUUGAAUAUGCUGGUGCGGAUACUAAUGCCACUUGUAUAGACCAGAUAGGGAUUAAUCUGUCUUCAAUGUACAGACAGAUGGUCACCAACUCUACUGAUACAAAACGAUUCUUCGGUGGCGAAUUUGUAGCUGGAAAUGACCCUCUUGCGAGCGAGUUCAAUGUAGCUGGGACCAUAGAAGCUGGGGUUCACACGGCGGCUCACCGCUGGGUGGGUAAUUCUAGGAUGGCCAACAGCGAAGACAUGGGGAACUUCUACUCCGCAGGGUAUGAUCCACUCUUUUACGUCCACCAUGCUAAUGUCGACCGGAUGUGGCAAAUCUGGAAAGAUAUCGACAGGAAGACACACAAGGAUCCGAUCUCUGCGGAUUGGCUAAAUGCGUCUUACGUGUUUUACGAUGAGAAUGAAAAUCUUGUACGUGUCUACAACCGAGACUGUGUAGACAUUAAUCGGAUGGGAUAUGACUAUGAAAGGUCAGCAAUCCCAUGGAUCCGUAGUCGGCCGACUGCACAUGCGAAGGGGGCGAAUGUUGCUGCUAAGUCUGCCGGAAUCGUGCAGAAGGUGGAGGAUAUUGUAUUCCCGUUGAAGUUAAACAAGAUAGUGAAGAUUGACGUGUUUGUCAACGACGUCGAUGAUGGAAUUCAGACCACCGCUGCUGAUAGUGAGUUUGCUGGUAGUUUCGCACAGUUGCCACAUAACCAUGGCGACAAGAUGUUUAUGAGGAGUGGGGCAGCGUUCGGGAUCACGGAGCUCUUGGAAGACAUUGAAGCUGAAGGUGAUGACUCUGUUGUUGUGACAUUGGUGCCGAGAACAGGGUGUGAUGAAGUAACUAUUGGCGAGAUCAAGAUUCAGCUGGUUCCCAUUGUUUAA